AUGUUCAAGUUACUAACAACUUUUGCAACAAUUUUGGUGGUUUUCUUAAACACCUGCCAGCCAUUGGCAACUAUUGAGGGAUAUAUAGCACCCGAAGGACGAACAAAAUUCGAUGAUGAUUUAAGAGAUUUUGUAGAAUUUAUAAAACUUCAAAUGAAAUGUGGUUAUGAACCCGCGGGUAUUCCUCCCUUGGCUCCAUUUGAGAAAGAAUUUACAAAAUUCAAUAUAGUGGGCAGUAUGGGAAGUUUCAAAGGAAAUCUCACUAACUUGAUCAUCACUGGACUCAAUGAAUUCGACAUAGUUGAUUUAAAUUGGAACAACGUAUUGCAGAAAAUUACCUUUGAUUUUAGAUUCCCUUCGAUUUGGGCUAAAAGUUCAUAUAAACUAAAUGUCCUUACCAAUAUGUUGGGUCCAGUUAUGAGUUUACAUGGCGAUGGUCUAUUUAAUUUGGAAUUGAUCAAUUUACGUGCACAUGGUAGUUUUAAAUUGAGACCAAAUUUAUCGGGUGGUUUAACUGUUUGGGCUUUUAAUAUUAAGCUGGAUUUGGAAUCAUCGAAAUCAAAAACCACAGGCUUUAUGGACAGUGUGAUUUAUUCGAAAAUUUUCAAUUCAUGGGCUGAAGAAUUCAUUCGCUUGACUUUUGAUGAAAAUGCUGAAGGUGUUAGUGAUACUGUGGAAUAUUUGGUAGUUCCACCAAUGAAUAAAGCCUUGCAGAAUAUUUCAAUGGUCGAAUUGGUGGCCUUGAUUAUGGGCUUGGCUCAAGAUGUGAUUCCUAGUGAAGCAAUUUGUUAA